AGGUGUGAGUGGGUCCGGCAGAAGGAGACAUGGCUGCCAAAGUGUUUGAGUCCAUUGGCAAGUUCGGCCUGGCCUUAGCUGUUGCAGGAGGAGUGGUGAACUCUGCCUUGUAUAACGUGGAUGCUGGGCACAGAGCUGUCAUCUUUGACCGGUUCCGUGGUGUACAGGACAUUGUGGUAGGAGAAGGGACUCACUUUCUCAUCCCUUGGGUACAGAAACCCAUUAUCUUUGAUUGCCGCUCUCGACCACGUAAUGUGCCAGUGAUCACUGGUAGCAAAGAUUUACAGAACGUCAACAUUACCCUGCGCAUCCUUUUCCGGCCCGUUGCCAGCCAGCUUCCCCGCAUCUUCACCAGCAUCGGGGAGGACUAUGAUGAGCGGGUGCUACCAUCCAUCACUACAGAGAUCCUCAAGUCGGUGGUGGCUCGCUUUGAUGCUGGAGAACUGAUCACCCAGAGAGAGCUGGUCUCCAGACAGGUGAGCGAUGACCUUACAGAGCGAGCAGCGACCUUUGGGCUCAUCCUGGAUGACGUGUCCUUGACGCAUCUGACCUUCGGGAAGGAGUUCACAGAAGCGGUAGAAGCCAAACAGGUGGCUCAGCAGGAAGCAGAGAGGGCCAGAUUUGUGGUGGAAAAGGCUGAGCAGCAGAAGAAGGCGGCCAUCAUCUCUGCCGAGGGCGACUCCAAGGCCGCCGAGCUGAUUGCCAACUCGCUCGCCACCGCGGGCGAUGGCCUCAUCGAGCUGCGCAAGCUGGAGGCCGCAGAGGACAUCGCGUACCAGCUGUCGCGCUCUCGGAACAUCACGUACCUGCCGGCUGGGCAGUCCGUGCUCCUGCAGCUGCCACAGUGAGACCCGGCCGCUGGGCCCCGGCCCUGACCACUCUUCGCGCCACCGCCCUUCUGCCCCCGCCCCAGAAAUCACUGUGAAAUUUCACGAUUGGCUUAAAGUGAAGGAAAUAAAAGUGAAAUCACUUCAGAUCUCUCCUUAUCAGAUGAAGCUUUUUCAUUCUUCCCAUUUCCAUCCACUUUUUGAUCCACCUCCGUCCCCCAAAUUGCCAAGUGCCCGGGGCCCACCGGCGCUCCGGUCUAGGCACUGGCGGUCGGCAGGAGAGAGGCUCUGGCGCCCGGGGCUGGGGAGCUCGGUGGCUGGCCUGAGCGCCCUUGGAGCCUCCAGCCUGUUGUUUAGGCGGGACGUGAGGAAUACGGCACACUCAGCUGACGGGAAAGCAUGGGUCUCCAUGUUUCCCAGUGGUUCCUCCACAGACCAGCUGAAGAGCUGCCGGGGAGGGUCAGAGAGGAAGUCCUCUGUCUCUCACCAUAAGGCUGAUUCUCUUUAACUGCGGGGCUGGCGGAAGCAGGUGUGAACAGCAGGGCAUGGACUGAAGAAUCUGCCCCUGGGAAGGUGGGUGGGCCUGUUGCACUGUGCCCCCAGGCUCCUGCCCCCGGGAUGGCCUUGGAGAGCAAGCGAGCAGGCCUGGUCGGGGAUGUGAGUCCUGUUGAAGACUUCCUCUCCACCCCCCACCUUGGUGUCUCAAGACACCCGACGGAAUUCCAGCUUGAAGGAUUGCAUCCUGCCGAGUCUGAGCACGCCUGCCAAAGCUGAGUGCGUCCUGCAUUCUGGCUCCCUCAUUCAGAGACUGCCUUUCCAGAGGGCUCUGUGCCUGUGCUUUGAAGGAAAUGGCCAUGGGAAGAAAACAAAUGUGUGUAAACUGCCGUCAAUAAAUGACACCCAGAACCUUCCA